AUGCCUGUUAAAGGUCGACUUCAGAUGCUGGCGGUUGUCAGCGGGUUGUUUUUGGCGCUGACGCGAAGCGGGGCAGCUUCCAGAUGUGUGGAUCAUGCAUGUAGCCCACCCAUCGGGAACCUGGCUAGUGGCAGAGCCCUCAUCACUCUGUCAGGCUGCUGUGGGAACAACUCCCACCACCAGAGUCAAUGCCCCUCUCCUCCUCUGAUGCACCACCUCUGCCCCGAGGACAGCCACCCACCUGCCCACAUGACUGACGACCCUUUCUUGCACCCGGAUACUUGGUGGGCAUCGAGGGCAGGCAGCACGGGGCAGAAGCAAGAGGACGAGAUCCGUUUGGAUCUUGAAACACAAUUCUGUCUUUCCCACUUGGUUCUGCUCUUCAGGUCACCCCGGCCUGCUGCCAUGGCCAUUGAACGAUCGUCAAACUUCGGACAGACCUGGGAAACUCUCAAGCUGUUCGCCCACAACUGUAGCCUGGAGUUUGGUUUGCCUGAUGAUCUUAGUCAGCCAGGCUCGCUGUGUACAUCCCGUUAUAGUAGUAUUACACCCUGCAGUGAUGGGGAGGUGAUACUGCGGACCCUAGACCCCAGCACUGUAAAAGCACUGGAUCCAUAUAGUCCAGAGACACUUGCCCGCCUGACUCUUACAAACCUCCGCAUCAAACUCCUGAAGGCUCAGACAUGCCCAGCACUCCUAAACACCCCUGCAGAGGGAACAAGUGCCGCAGUCUCAGCUCUGUCCUCCCAGUCUACUGCAGUGAGCCCAGUCUCAGCACCUUAUGCCAUUUACACUUUACUGGCUAGAGGGACCUGCCUGUGCCAUGGACACGCUGAGCACUGUGUAUCACACAAUAGCAGCCAGGACACACCGGAGGACAGCAGCAUGGUGCCUGGUAGGUGUGUGUGUGUUCACAACACAGCAGGAGAACACUGCGAGAAGUGUGCCCCACUCUACAAUGACCGUCCCUGGAGGCCAGCCAACGGCAGCAGUGGAGAGCCAAACCCAUGCCAGAAGUGCGAGUGCCACAGUCACGCAGACAGCUGUCACUUCUCGGAGCGUGUGUGGCUUUCCUCGGGUGGCACCAGUGGGGGCGUUUGUAACAACUGCCGUCACAACACAGUCGGGCGUAGGUGCCAGCGUUGCCGCCAUGGCUACCACCGGCACCCGUCCCUGCCCCUCAGCUCCCCCCACGCCUGCACACGCUGCUGGUGUGAUCCACGGGGCUCAAUGCCUGCCCAUGUGGGACAAGAGGGACCCUGGUGUCACCCUAGGAGUGGGCAGUGCCACUGUAAAUCUGGCAUAGGGGGCAUAAGCUGCAGCCACUGCCUGCCUGGGUACUGGGGCUUUGGAGUGGAGGGUUGCAAACCUUGCGCCUGCCCUCAGGGCUGUGAUCCGACCACUGGGCAGUGCCUUGAUAGCUACUCAAAUAACCAGGUUUUCAAUGUGCCCAUUGGCGGAAAAAUUCCUGAUUUGGAUCAUAUGCUCACCCAUGAGGGUGAGGUAACAUGGUCAAAGCAGCUUGCAGUUUCUGCCCUGCAUUACACAGGGAAGUGCAGCUGCAAAGAGAGAAAGCUGAGAAGUGCAUCUGACCUCUGUAAGACCAAACAUGACUAUGUGAUCAAGGCCAGUGUGCUGUCUGCUCAUGACAAGGGGAGCCAUGCAGAGGUGCAGGUCAAGAUUCGUAAGGUCCUGCAAUCUGGCCAGGUGGCGCUGUCUCUGGGGACCAUCAGCAUGUAUCCUCUGUCCUGGACCAGCCGUGGCUGCACCUGUCCCAUCCUAAACCCAGGUAUGGACUACCUGCUGGCAGGCCCGGAGGAGGCUGGGACAGGUCGUUUGCUGGUGACCAUGCAGAGCAUAGUGGUCCCCUGGACACCCAGACUGGGGACACUUAUAUCACAGGGCCUAAGGCAUGGAUGUUGAUGAACUAUAAGAUCCAGAAACCAGAGGGACAACUAGACAGGAUUUGAUCAUCCAAGUCACACAGAGUUGGUGGACAAUUCAGCAAAUGGACUGAAACUCACUAAAGAGAACUUCUCACUAUUGUGUGACUAUAUUAUGUCAUCAAAGUGGAACUGACUCAAGGGUUGAACUCAAGUUGGCUCCACGUCACUGAACAGGUAUUCCUCAUGUUAAAAAAUUACUUAAAUGAGGGUUCAGGAGGAUUUUUCUCUUCAAACAUGAGAAGGAUUUCCUCCAAACUGAUAUAUCAUCAUUAAUAUACUAUGAU